AUGAUGGACAAAAGGACGAAGCGAAUUGAGCUGUCGCCAGUGCCCGGUUUUUUUGGCCAUGUUGUGAAGCCUGGUCAAACGCUCAGGUGGCUGAACGAGGUUGACGACUUUUGCAUGCAGCUGAACUCGGCGGCGCUUAGUGCUGACGUGACCAAAGGCCGCUCGACAUUAUCCGUGGUGGCCAAGACGGCCAAGAUCGCGCUGUGUACACUGACACCUGCGGUGGCAGAGCAAUGGAACUUAACGCAGACAUUUACACCUAUGGAUGGGGAAAUCGAGUUUGUCGUUGAUGGUCCAAAUGCUAUUCAUAUCACAGGUUUUAUCGAGGUGAAAGAAGACGAGGAUAGCGGCGACGAGCAAGAUUUUGACGAACAUAGUGAUGAAGAGGGCGAAAUGAUGGUAUUUGGAGACGAUGACUCAAGUGACGUGGAUGUUGAUGAAGAGGAGGAAGUGAAUUUGAAUAAUCAGGACAAAAAUUCUCGUUUUGAGGUGUUGGAGGAACGCCUUCACAACGACGAGCCGGAGUCGAAGAAAAAGUUGCCGAAGAAGGAGGUUCCGAAAAAGGAGGAAACCGAAAAGAAGAAGGUAGCGCCUGAGGAGGAGAUCGCCGCUGCUGCUGACGCAGAGAAAAGGGAAAGGGAGGAAAAAGAGGCGACCAAGGGGGUAACGAAAGCUGCUAAGCUGGCGGAGAAGAAGAAGAAAAUUGCGACGAAGCUUGCCGAGGCCACUAGUACGAAUCCAAAAGUAAAGAAGCGCGCGGCUCCGGUGGAGUCUGUCGAGGUUCCAAAGAAGGCUAAGGUUGCUACCCGUGUGCACAAGGGUGUCACCAUUGAGGAUGUCGCUGUUGGCAAGGGUCGUCCAGUGCAGCGUGGCCGCAAAGUGGGAAUUGUCUACCGCGGCCGUCUGAUGAACGGCAAGCAGUUCGACGCGAGUCAGAACCGCAAGAAGCCGUUUACUUUUCGCCACGGUAUCGGUGAUGUGAUCAAAGGUAUGGACAUUGGUAUUGAGGGCAUGCGUGUCGGUAGUAAACGUACGAUCACGAUUCCAUCACGUCUUGGUUACGGCCGUGAGGGCUCACCGCCUAUCAUUCCUGGUAACUCUGACCUUAUUUUUGAGAUUGAAGUUGUGUCCGCAUAG